AGUGCUGUGGUACUGUGGUGUUCAGUCAGUGGAGGCUGUGGUUGAGAAGGUUGAAGCAUUGUAAGGUUAGAUAUCAGCCUGUCUUGGGCUCACAGUCACUGAAAGUAACAGAGAUGUUGUAUCGACGGUUCUUUGAUGUCAAAGGUCUCUCCAUGAAGUUAAAGUGUCGGCGAGGACUGGAGGAAAAGGAUGGAGAGAAGAGUCGAGACAAAGACGAUAGGAGAGAGGCGAAGGCCAGAGAGAGAUGUACGCUGAACGGACAUCACUUCAGCAUGGUCUCCUCCCAGACACAAUCCUCCUCCUGCCACCAAUGCAGCAAAACCAUCAACACUAAGGAUGCCUUUCUCUGCACCCAUUGCAAUUCACAUGUUCAUAAGAGUUGUAGAGAAAGCCUGCCUGUCUGUGCCAAGGUGAAGAUGAAGUCGCCCAGACAGCAGUUUGCAGUUCCAGAUUCAGCCACCAUUCCUGUUGUCACCCGGAGACCAAAACGAGGGUUAAACCCAGGUGCAUCGAGGGAGCGACCCUGGUCAGCCAUCUUGUCUCCAGAAGACCACUCCUCAUUGGUUGUUCCCUCCCGAAGACAUACCUCCAUCAUACCUUUCCCCGGCUCCAACCUGUCAAAGAGCAUCUCCAUAUCCAACAUCGCUGGUCACCAGGUGUUUGAUGACAUGCCUAUCAAGGGCACAGAGAUGAUUGACAGUCAGCUGAUGGGGGAGUUUGAGGAAGACCUGAAAGAGCUGGAAGCAGACUCCUGGAGCAACGUUAUGGACAGCAACUUCCUCAAACAUCUGAAGAAGGACGUCAUCAAGAGACAGGAGGUCAUCUACGAGUUGAUGCAGACAGAGAUGCACCACGUGAGGACCCUGCUGAUCAUGAUGGAGGUGUACAGUAAGGGUCUUGUGAAGGAGCUGCAGCUGGAACCUCAGACAGUAGACAGGCUGUUCCCUGCCCUGGGGGAGCUCCUGGACCUCCACACCUCCUUCCUGACACGUCUCAUGGAGAGGAAGAGAGAGAGCCAGCUGGAGGGGGAGGACAGAGGAUUCAUCAUCAACAAGAUAGGAGACAUCCUGGAGACACAGUUCUCAGGGACCAAAGCAGCGAUUAUGAAGAGAGUUUACGGGAAGUUCUGCAGCCGCCACAACGAGGCCGUAAACAUCUACAAGGAGCUGCACUCCAAAGACAAACGCUUCCAGGCCUUCAUCAGGAAGAAGAUGAGAAGCAGUAUCGUCCGGAGGCUAGGUAUCCCAGAAUGCAUUCUGUUAGUCACCCAGAGGAUCACCAAGUACCCCGUCCUGAUGCAGAGAAUACUACAUCACACCAAAGAGAAUGAGGAAGACCAUGGGGACCUGAGUGAUGCUCUAUACAAGGUCAAGGAGGUCAUCACUGCAGUGGACAGCAAGGUGAACGAGCAUGAGAAGAAGAGGAGGCUGAAGGACAUCUACAGCCGAACAGACAGCAAGUCCAUAAUGAGGAUGAAGAGCGGUCAGAUGUUUGCUAGAGAGGACCUGCUCAGAGGGAGAAGAUUGCUGUAUGAUGGACCUCUGCAGCUGAAGAACUCACAGGGGAAACUCAAGGAUGUAACGGCCAUCCUUCUCUCUGAUAUUGUCGUCUUCCUACAGGAGAAAGACCAAAAAUUCGUCUUUGCCUCUCUGGACCAGCGCUCCACGGUCCUCUCCCUCCAGAAGCUGAUCGUUAGAGAGGUGGCUAACGAGGAGAAGGGUCUCUUCCUGAUAACAGCAGGGACGGAGAAACCAGAGAUGGUGGAGGUACACACUGCAACCAAGGAGGAACGCAACACCUGGAUGCAAAUCAUACAGGAGGCCAUGCAGUCCAUAGAGAAAGAUGAGGAUGAGGAGAACCCCAGUGAAACAGAGGAGGACAAGAGACUGCUGGAGACCAAAGCUAAGGAGAUGAGAGAGAUGCUGAGGAAGAAGGAUGAGCAGAUCAUGUGUAUGCUGGAGGAGAAGAUGGCCGUGUUUAGGGAGAUGUGUGAGGUCCGGAGCCCUGGAACCCCCCCAGGAACAGGCCCAGGAGAGGACCAGGGCCCCAGCCACGUCACCAGGGCCAAGGGGCUGUUCAGGGCUGGGAGUGGAGCGGGCUCUGAGGACAUACCUAAAGGAGAACCCAUCAUAAAGGGAGCACUACAGGAAGUGGAGACGUUGCAGGCGCUGGUGAACGGUACUCUGGGAGGAGCGAUGGGGGGGCAGCAGGUGGUAUGGGUCCCAGAGACAGAAGGAGGAGGAGGAGUGGUGGGCCCGGGCCCUGUAUGUCUCCUUCGCAGGGCCGAGACCUUCGGAGGCUUUGACUCUCAGCAGAUACACAUCUCUAAGAAUGGGGACAAAGAAGAGGGAGAGGACAGAGCAGACCUUCGCAGGACAGAGUCAGACGGUGUACUGAAGAAGGGGGAGAAUGCGACCAUGAUGCUGUUACUGAAGAGGAACACUGAGGUCCUCCACAGUGUGAGCCACAUCCAUGACCUGCUCAGCACCCUGCAGGCAGUGGUAAUCCAGCAGGACAGCUUCAUUGAGGAUCAGCGCCAGGCUCUCACCAACCGCCCCGAACGCCUCACCUCCUUCUUCUCCUCCCGUCCCUCCUCCCGCCACAACUCCCUGAUCGAGCAGGAGAAACAGCGCAGCCUGGAGAAACACAGGCAGGAGACGGCCGCGCUGCAGCGCCAGCAGGCCACACACGACCAGGAGAAGAGGAGGAGGGAGAGGGAGUGGGAGGUGCGGGAGCAGCAGCUGACAGACAGGGAGGUGCAGCUCCUGGUACAGGAAGAGGAGACGGGGAGGAGGAGCAGGGAGCUCGUUACGGAGAGGGUGGAGCUACAAAGGAAGAAGAAGGACUAUCUGAUAGAUCUAGAGCGACUGAGAGACGCUCAGGGGAAACUAGAUCGAGACAGAGAAAACAUUCACCGAGAAAUGGAGAGGGUAGAACACAUGAGAAUGGCUAAGAGGUGGAUACAGAGAACUCCCUCUUCUACCUCGGACGACUCCCCCCACUUCCCCUCCUCUACCUCCCUGGACAAAGAUCCAAUGGACCCGACUGAGUUCUCCUCCUCUCCCAGGAAAGAAUCCUUGACCUCGUCAAAAGGGAAGAGCCUAAGCCCUUUCUCUGAGGCCCCGGCCCUAAAGGCCCCUAGUGGAGACAGUCAGAACCAGAUACCUAACAGACUGCUGCAACUGGCUAAAGACAGGAGCAAGAACAAGAAGGACAAGAAGAAGGAACAGGGUGAACAGUCACCAGAAACCCAGCACAUAGAGCCUCCUAUAGAUGGAGAGAUCUACUUCUGCUGA